GGCGCCAAGCCCGGGGCCCUGCCCCAGCUGGCUGCCGGCCUCGCCCUGCCGCGUGGGCCUCGCUGUGACCCGGAAGCGCUCCGGAAGCGGUUCCGGAGUCAGCCCCGGCAGGAUGGCGGCGGACACGCAGGUUUCUGAGACACUAAAGCGUUUUGCAGGGAAGGUGACAACAGCCAGUGUAAAGGAACGGAGAGAAAUCCUCAGUGAACUUGGGAAGUGUGUUGCUGGAAAAGAUCUGCCAGAGGGAGCAGUGAAGGGGCUCUGCAAAUUGUUCUGCUUGACUCUGCAUCGAUAUAGAGAUGCAGCCUCCCGCAGGGCCUUGCAGGCAGCCAUCCAGCAGUUGGCCGAGGCCCAGCCAGAAGCCACUGCUAAGAACCUUCUACACUCUCUGCAGUCUUGCGGUAUAGGCUCCAAAGCAGGUGUUCCCAGUAAAAGCAGUGGCUCCGCCGCCUUGCUGGCCUUGACCUGGACCUGCCUUCUGGUGCGCAUUGUCUUUCCGUCGAGAGCCAAGCGACAAGGAGACAUCUGGAACAAACUGGUGGAAGUGCAGUGCCUGCUCUUGCUGGAGGUGCUGGGCGGCUCCCACAAGCACGCCGUGGAUGGUGCUGUGAAGAAACUCACGAAGCUGUGGAAAGAGAACCCCGGGCUGGUGGAACAGUACUUGUCAGCCAUUCUCAGCCUAGAGCCCAACCAGAACUAUGCCGGCAUGCUGGGGCUGCUGGUGCAGUUCUGCACGAGCCACAAGGAGAUGGACGUGGUCAGUCCGCACAAGAGCGCCCUACUGGACUUUUACAUGAAGAACAUCCUGAUGAGCAAAGUCAAGCCUCCGAAGUACCUGUUGGAUAGCUGUGCCCCUCUGCUCCGAUACCUGUCCCACUCAGAAUUUAAGGAUCUGAUACUGCCCACCAUACAGAAGUCCUUACUGAGGAGUCCAGAGAAUGUUAUUGAAACUAUUUCUAGUCUGCUGGCAUCAGUGACACUUGACCUCAGCCAAUAUGCCAUGGAUAUCGUGAAAGGACUGGCUGGUCACCUGAAAUCCAACAGUCCCCGCCUGAUGGAUGAAGCUGUGCUGGCACUGCGGAACCUGGCACGCCAAUGCAGUGACUCUUCGGCCAUGGAAUCCCUGACCAAGCACCUAUUUGCUAUCCUCGGAGGCUCGGAAGGAAAACUAACUGUUAUAGCCCAGAAGAUGAGUGUCCUCUCAGGGAUUGGGAGCGUCAGUCAUCACGUGGUGUCUGGACCUUCCAGUCAGGUCCUGAAUGGGAUCGUGGCGGAGCUGUUCAUCCCAUUCCUUCAGCAGGAAGUUCACGAAGGGACCUUAGUACACGCUGUCUCAGUCCUGGCUCUCUGGUGUAACCGAUUCACUACAGAAGUGCCCAAGAAGCUCACUGAAUGGUUCAAAAAAGCUUUCAGCCUUAAAACCUCCACAUCUGCGGUGAGGCACGCCUACCUGCAGUGCAUGUUGGCCUCUUAUCGGGGUGACACACUGUUGCAGGCCCUGGACUUACUGCCCUUGCUCAUCCAGACAGUGGAGAAGGCAGCCUCCCAAAGCACUCAGGUUCCCACAGUCACUGAAGGGGUUGCUGCAGCCUUGUUGCUCUUGAAGCUGUCAGUGGCUGACUCACAGGCUGAGGCCAAACUGAGCAGUUUCUGGCAGCUGAUUGUGGAUGAGAAAAAGCAGGUUUUCACUUCUGAGAAAUUCCUGCUUAUGGCUUCAGAGGAUGCCCUGUGUACUGUGUUGCAUCUGACAGAGAGACUUUUCCUUGACCACCCGCAUAGACUCAUUGGCAACAAAGUUCAGCAGUACCACCGGGCUCUGGUCGCAGUGCUCCUGAGCCGCACCUGGCACGUCCGCAGGCAGGCUCAGCAGACGGUUCGGAAGCUGCUAUCCUCUCUUGGGGGCUUUAAGCUGGCGCACGGACUCCUGGAGGAGCUGAAGACUGUCCUCAGUUCUCACAAGGUGCUGCCCUUAGAGGCUCUGGUGACUGAUGCUGGAGAGGUGACUGAGGCGGGCAAGGCCUACGUUCCUCCACGGGUCCUGCAGGAGGCUCUGUGUGUCAUCUCCAGUGUGCCAGGGCUCAAGGGUGAUGUCACUGACACUGAACAACUGGCCCAGGAGAUGCUGAUCAUCUCCCACCACCCAUCCUUAGAGCUCCCUUCCCCUUCAGUGGCUGUGCAGUCUGGACUUUGGCCAGCACUUCUUGCCAGGAUGAAGAUCGAUCCUGAAGCCUUUAUCACCAGGCACCUGGAUCAGAUCAUUCCCAGGAUCACCACUCAGAGUCCCCUAAACCAGUCCUCCAUGAACGCCAUGGGCUCCCUUUCCAUCUUGUCACCGGACCGGGUCCUCCCACAGCUCAUCAGCACCAUCACCGCCUCCGUGCAGAACCCUGCACUGCGCCUGGUGACGCGGGAGGAGUUUGCCAUUAUGCAGACCCCCGCUGGGGAGCUGUAUGACAAAUCCAUCAUCCAGAGUGCCCAGCAGGACAGCAUAAAAAAGGCCAACAUGAAGCGAGAGAACAAAGCUUAUUCCUUCAAAGAGCAGAUCAUCGAGCUAGAGCUGAAGGAGGAGAUAAAGAAGAAGAAAGGCAUCAAAGAGGAGGUGCAGCUGACCAGCAAGCAGAAGGAGAUGCUGCAGGCCCAGCUGGACAGGGAGGCGCAGGUCCGGAGGCGGCUGCAAGAGCUGGAUGGGGAGCUGGAGGCGGCGCUUGGACUGCUGGACAUCAUCCUGGUCAAGAACCCAUCCAGCCUGACCCAGUACAUCCCUGUUUUGGUCGACUCUUUCCUGCCCUUGCUGAAGUCUCCCUUGGCUGCUCCCAGGAUCAAGAACCCCUUCUUGUCCUUGGCUGCCUGUGUCAUGCCCUCUAGGCUCAAGGCUUUGGGCACUUUGGUGAGCCACGUAACCCUGCGCCUGCUGAAGCCAGAGUGUGUCCUGGAUAAGUCCUGGUGCCAGGAAGAGCUGUCGGUGGCUGUGAAGAGGGCAGUGACGCUGCUGCACACCCACACCAUCACCAGCAGGGUGGGCAAGGGGGAGCCAGGUGCUGCGCCCUUGUCUGCGCCAGCCUUCUCCUUAGUCUUCCCGUUUCUGAAGAUGGUGCUGACCGAGAUGUCCCACCACAGUGAGGAGGAGGAGGAGCGGAUGGCCCAGAUUCUUCAGAUCCUCACUGUCCACGCCCAACUGAGGGCCUCCCCCAGCACCCCACCUGGGCGAGUGGACGAGAAUGGCCCAGAGUUGCUGCCUCGAGUGGCCAUGCUGCGUCUUCUGACUUGGGUGAUCGGGACGGGCUCGCCCCGCUUACAGGUUCUGGCUUCAGACACCCUGACUACCCUGUGUGCCAGCAGCAGUGGUGAUGAUGGCUGUGCCUUUGCAGAGCAGGAGGAGGUGGACGUGCUGCUCUGUGCCUUGCAGUCCCCGUGUGCCAGCGUGCGGGAAACCGUGCUCCGGGGGCUGAUGGAACUCCACAUGGUAUUGCCAGCACCUGAUACCGAUGAGAAGAAUGGCCUGAACCUUCUGCGGAGACUCUGGGUGGUCAAGUUUGACAAGGAAGAGGAGAUCCGGAAGCUGGCUGAGAGGCUCUGGUCAAUGAUGGGCCUAGACCUGCAGCCAGACCUCUGCUCCUUGCUGAUCGAUGACGUGAUCUAUCAUGAGGCGGCUGUAAGGCAGGCGGGGGCCGAAGCCCUUUCCCAAGCAGUGGCACGUUACCAGCGGCAGGCAGCGGAGGUUAUGGGCAGGCUCAUGGAGAUUUACCAGGAGAAGCUCUAUCGGCCACCCCCAGUGCUGGAUGCUUUGGGACGAGUUAUUUCAGAAUCUCCUCCAGAUCAGUGGGAAGCCAGGUGUGGCUUGGCACUGGCCCUCAACAAGCUCUCCCAGUAUCUGGACAGCUCUCAGGUGAAGCCACUCUUUCAAUUUUUUGUCCCUGAUGCCCUCAAUGACCGACACCCAGAUGUCCGGAAGUGCAUGUUGGAUGCAGCCCUCGCAACGCUCAACACUCACGGAAAGGAGAACGUCAACUCACUGUUGCCAGUAUUCGAGGAGUUCCUGAAGAACGCGCCCAAUGAUGCCAGCUACGAUGCUGUGCGACAGAGUGUGGUGGUCCUGAUGGGCUCUCUGGCCAAGCACCUGGACAAGAGUGACCCCAAAGUGAAGCCCAUUGUUGCCAAGCUCAUCGCUGCCCUCUCUACCCCCUCCCAGCAGGUCCAGGAGUCCGUGGCCAGCUGUUUGCCACCCCUUGUGCCAGCCAUCAAGGAGGACGCUGGAGGGAUGAUCCAGAGGCUCAUGCAGCAGCUCCUGGAGUCAGACAAGUACGCAGAGCGCAAAGGGGCCGCGUAUGGGCUGGCGGGCCUGGUGAAGGGCCUGGGCAUCCUCUCGCUGAAGCAACAGGAGAUGAUGGCAGCACUGACUGAUGCCAUCCAGGAUAAGAAGAACUUCCGCCGGCGAGAGGGAGCCCUCUUUGCCUUUGAGAUGCUCUGCACCAUGCUGGGGAAGCUCUUUGAGCCGUACGUGGUUCACGUGCUGCCCCAUCUGCUCCUGUGCUUUGGGGAUGGAAACCAGUAUGUGCGUGAGGCUGCAGAUGACUGUGCCAAGGCUGUGAUGAGCAACUUGAGUGCUCACGGAGUGAAGCUGGUGCUCCCCUCCUUACUGGCUGCCCUGGAGGAGGAAUCCUGGCGGACCAAAGCUGGGUCAGUGGAGCUUCUUGGGGCAAUGGCGUACUGUGCUCCUAAGCAGCUGUCGUCCUGCCUACCCAACAUCGUGCCCAAACUUACGGAGGUGCUGACCGACUCCCAUGUCAAAGUCCAGAAGGCUGGACAGCAGGCACUCAGGCAGAUCGGCUCUGUCAUCAGGAACCCGGAGAUCCUGGCCAUCGCCCCGGUCCUCCUGGAUGCCCUGACGGACCCCUCCAGAAAGACCCAGAAGUGCUUGCAGACGCUGCUGGACACCAAGUUCGUCCACUUCAUUGAUGCCCCAUCCCUGGCCCUCAUCAUGCCCAUUGUCCAGAGAGCCUUCCAGGACCGUUCCACGGACACGCGGAAGAUGGCAGCCCAGAUUAUUGGCAACAUGUACUCCCUGACAGACCAGAAGGACUUGGCUCCGUACCUGCCCAGCGUGACGCCUGGCCUGAAAGCAUCGCUUUUGGACCCUGUGCCUGAGGUGCGGACGGUAUCUGCAAAGGCCCUUGGGGCCAUGGUGAAGGGCAUGGGGGAGUCGUGCUUUGAGGACUUGCUGCCGUGGCUGAUGGAGACACUGACCUAUGAGCAGAGUUCUGUGGAUCGCUCAGGCGCUGCACAGGGGUUGGCUGAGGUCAUGGCCGGUUUAGGGGUGGAGAAGUUGGAGAAGCUGAUGCCAGAAAUCGUGGCUACAGCCAGCAAAGUGGAUAUUGCACCCCAUGUCCGAGAUGGCUACAUUAUGAUGUUUAACUACCUGCCCAUCACCUUUGGAGACAAGUUUACUCCUUAUGUGGGGCCCAUCAUCCCCUGUAUCCUCAAAGCUCUUGCUGAUGAGAAUGAAUUUGUGCGUGACACUGCCCUGCGCGCGGGCCAGCGGGUUAUCUCCAUGUAUGCUGAGACAGCCAUCGCCCUGCUGCUGCCCCAGCUAGAGCAAGGCCUCUUUGAUGACCUUUGGAGAAUCAGGUUCAGCUCUGUUCAGCUCCUUGGGGAUCUCCUGUUUCACAUCUCAGGAGUCACUGGGAAGAUGACCACAGAAACUGCCUCCGAGGAUGAUAACUUUGGAACUGCCCAGUCUAACAAGGCGAUCAUCACUGCCCUGGGGGUAGAGCGGCGGAACCGGGUGUUGGCAGGGCUGUACAUGGGCCGCUCAGAUACCCAGCUGGUGGUGCGGCAGGCGUCCCUGCAUGUCUGGAAGAUUGUUGUCUCCAAUACCCCCCGUACCUUGCGUGAGAUCCUGCCUACUCUUUUUGGGCUCCUGCUGGGUUUCCUGGCCAGCACGUGUGCAGAUAAGAGAACGAUUGCAGCGAGAACAUUGGGAGAUCUCGUGCGGAAGUUAGGGGAGAAAAUCCUCCCCGAGAUCAUCCCCAUCCUUGAGGAAGGCCUGAGGUCUCAGAAGAGCGACGAGAGGCAGGGUGUGUGCAUUGGGCUAAGUGAGAUCAUGAAGUCCACCAGCCGGGACGCCGUGCUGUAUUUCUCUGAAUCCCUCGUGCCUACGGCAAGGAAGGCUUUGUGUGACCCACUGGAGGAGGUCAGAGAGGCGGCAGCCAAGACUUUCGAGCAGCUGCAUUCCACCAUUGGCCACCAGGCUCUGGAGGACAUUCUCCCAUUUUUACUAAAGCAGCUGGAUGAUGAGGAGGUGUCAGAGUUUGCCUUGGAUGGUUUGAAGCAAGUCAUGGCUAUUAAGAGUCGUGUGGUGCUACCCUACCUCGUGCCCAAGCUGACAACGCCACCCGUCAACACCCGGGUGCUGGCUUUCCUUUCGUCAGUGGCUGGUGAUGCCCUCACCCGUCAUCUUGGCGUGAUCCUCCCAGCGGUCAUGCUGGCCCUGAAGGAAAAGCUUGGGACUCCAGAUGAGCAGCUGGAGAUGGCCAAUUGUCAGGCUGUGAUCCUCUCCGUAGAGGAUGACACAGGGCACCGGAUCAUCAUUGAGGAUCUGCUGGAGGCUACCCGCAGCCCUGAGGUGGGCAUGAGGCAAGCUGCUGCCAUCAUCCUCAACAUCUACUGUUCCCGCUCGAAGGCAGACUACACCAGCCACCUGCGAAGCCUGGUCUCGGGCCUGAUCCGCCUAUUCAACGACUCCAGCCCUGUGGUUCUGGAGGAGAGCUGGGAUGCCCUAAAUGCCAUCACUAAGAAGCUGGAUGCUGGCAACCAGCUGGCACUCAUUGAAGAGCUGCACAAGGAAAUCCGGCUUAUAGGGAACGAGAGCAAAGGCGAGCAUGUGCCAGGGUUCUGCCUCCCGAAGAAGGGAGUGACCUCCAUCCUUCCAGUGUUACGGGAAGGAGUCCUGACCGGUAGCCCUGAGCAGAAAGAGGAGGCAGCCAAAGCCUUAGGCUUGGUGAUCCGCCUGACCUCGGCUGACGCCCUUAGGCCCUCCGUGGUCAGCAUUACUGGCCCUCUGAUCCGCAUCCUGGGGGACAGGUUCAGCUGGAAUGUGAAGGCGGCUCUGCUUGAGACACUCAGCCUCUUGUUGGCUAAGGUUGGGAUUGCCCUGAAGCCCUUCCUGCCCCAGCUGCAGACCACUUUCACCAAAGCCCUGCAGGACUCCAACCGGGGGGUGCGCCUGAAGGCCGCAGAUGCUCUGGGGAAGCUCAUUUCCAUCCACAUUAAGGUAGAUCCCCUCUUCACAGAGCUGCUCAACGGCAUCCGUGCCAUGGAGGACCCAGGUGUCAGGGACACCAUGCUGCAGGCCCUGAGGUUUGUGAUUCAGGGAGCAGGGGCCAAAGUGGAUGCCGCCAUCCGGAAAAACAUCGUCUCGCUCCUGCUGAGCAUGCUGGGACACGAUGAGGACAACACUCGCAUCUCCUCAGCCGGGUGCCUAGGGGAACUGUGUGCCUUUUUGACCGAAGAGGAGCUUAGCGCCGUUCUACAGCAGUGCUUGCUGGCGGACGUGUCCGGCAUUGACUGGAUGGUUCGGCACGGGCGGAGCCUGGCACUUUCUGUGGCUGUGAAUGUGGCUCCUGGCAGACUCUGUGCUGGCAGAUAUAGCAGUGAUGUUCAGGAAAUGAUCCUGAGCAGUGCCACGGCGGACAGGAUCCCCAUUGCGGUGAGCGGGGUCCGGGGCAUGGGCUUUCUCAUGAGAUACCACAUUGAGACAGGCGGAGGGCAGUUGCCGGCCAAACUCUCCAGCCUGUUCGUUAAGUGUCUGCAGAACCCAUCCAGCGACAUCAGGCUGGUGGCUGAGAAGAUGAUCUGGUGGGCAAAUAAGGACCCGCUGCCUCCCCUGGAUCCCCAGGCCAUCAAGCCUAUCCUGAAGGCUCUUCUUGACAACACCAAGGAUAAGAACACCGUGGUCAGGGCCUACAGCGACCAGGCGAUUGUCAACCUCCUCAAGAUGCGGCAGGGCGAAGAGGUGUUUCAGUCCCUCUCCAAGAUCCUGGAUGUGGCCAGUUUGGAGGUGCUGAACGAGGUUAACCGAAGGUCCCUGAAGAAGCUGGCCAGCCAGGCCGACUCCAUGGAGCAGGUGGACGACACCAUCCUGACAUGAGAGGCCUGGGCCCACAGCAGCAGUUGCCGCUCCACAUCUUUGCUCAAUGUUUUCAUUUUUGAAAAUACAUUUGUUCCGAUGGGGAGCUUGGAAUAUGGCGUUCCCAGAAAGUAUUUUGAUAUAUCAAUAGACCACAGCCAAAGCCUUAAAUCAAACCCACACACAACUGAAAAUUGCCUCCUCCAUCUCUCACCUUUUCCUGUGGAGAAAAGAAGGAAAAGCACACGCAUGCGCCUCAGCAAAUGGCAGCCCAGGAGCUGUUUGUCCAGUUUAGCAUGGCUAGGUCUGGAACUAUAAUAGCAGGGUCAGACUGCGGGUUCCUCUUCUCCUGUGCUUGAGCUCUGGUUUGAGAGCUGGCGCUACCAACCUUUUGCCUAGAUCCUGAGUGGGGCACAGACGGUGGACGUCUGCCCAGUGUGGUGUGUCUGGCUUGGCUUUUCAAUAUUGUGAGGUCUGAUUGGAUCUGACCCCUGUCAGAUGAAAAUGAUCCACAGCUCUGGCAGUUCCCAAGUCUGGGGAGGGGUAUAGGUUUGAAAGGCUGUUUGAAAGAGGAAUGUUUAAUAAAGGCUUUGAUUUAAUCUUGAUAUAAA